GACAAAAAAGCCCAAGCGGACAACACUCCGGAUUUUCAAUUUCUUUAUUUACUUGAAAGAGGUGAGGGUGACGAACAUGGUAUAAUGUUAGCCAGGGAAGUCGCCAAAUUAGAAAAAGUUGUUGAGGAGGCUAAUGCCAAAUUAGGAGUAGACAUUGAAACGGAGUUGGAUACGAAAUUGGAUGGUGAGACUGAUAUUUUAACAAUGGGUAAUGACGGAAUAAUUAAUAAAGGAACGGCUUCUAAUUUGAACCAAGCCAAAACCCAAGCCAAAGAGUUAAAAGAGAUUAAAGGUGAAUUUGCUAAAUUAAAAACCGCUAAUAUCAAUAAUGGAGGUGUGGCUUUGAUUGGUAAUGAUAAUAAAGUAAAUGAUGGUCUGAUAACUAUUAUUAAGGCUAAUUUGACUAUUUUAAACGAUUACCAAAAUGGAUUUAGGCAAGUAUUAGAACUAAACCCCAUUGACCCUUUACCCGAUAAUUUAAAUGAUUUAUCCGACCUUUAUAACUCCAAAAGUGGCACCCAAACAGUUAUCCAAUUAAAAACCAAAGCCGACCACUAUGACCGCAUUCACACCAAACUAAACGGUAAAGUUAGCGAUAGUGAAUUGGAUAAUUUGCUCAAUAAUUCUCCUUCUUGCUCCCAUACUGAUUAUGACGCCAUUAAGCAAGAACGAGACCAAUUAAAAACUGAUAAAGAUAACCACAAAUGCGAUUGUGAUAGCAAAGCAGUAAUCACGGAAAUUAAGCAAAAAAUCAAUCCGCCAACCGACAAAAUUAGCGAAUUGGAGCAGCAAAUAACUAAAUUACAAACUCCGCAAUCCUUAAAGGAGAUAAAAGUUAGUGAAGCGGUAAAAAAAGAAAUCGUGGAAAUCAGCAAAGAAUUCGGUUUAACCAGCCAGCAAUUAGCCAGCGCUAGUUCUUACCAAGAAUUAGCCACCCUGCAAAGCCAAGCCUUCAAAAGUAAAUUAGAAAGUGAAAUUAACGAUAAAAAAAGUGCGAGAUACUUAAAUUGUGGUCUCGGGGUCUUAUGUUUAGGUAGUUUAGUGGCUUUGGCUUGGAUGUUGAUUAAGCAGAGUAAAGGUUUAAAACUAGGGGAUAAUAAGGAG